AUCAUUUUCUUCUUCGUCAGCCUCCCUUCAAUCGCCAUAUUGGGCAACCAAGAAAAGGGCUCGUCUCUUGUUUUUUUCCGUCUCGCUUUUACUACGCGGCGGCGGUGCGAUCGGCAGGGGCAUCAUCGGCACCAGCGCCAUCGCCAUCGGCGGUGGGCCGGCACCGGGGGGGCAGCGCUGAGCUCCGCUCCUCACCCGCCCGGGGCUUCCCGGCGGCGGCAGCGGCGGCUCUCGGGGCUCAUCCCCGGGCCGGUGCUUAUGCAAGGGCGCCUCCUCGCCCCUUCUCCGCGGACCGAAGGCGAGCGGGGCCGAGGCAGGGCCGCAGCGCGGGGCAGCGCGGAGCGGAGGCGCGGAACGGCGUCGCCGGGCGCCGGGAAAUAAAGGGCGGCGGAGGCCGCGGAGAGAGAGCAGCGAGAACAACAACCGCCGCCUGGAGCUACAGCGUGCGGGGAGAUGUCAAACGUCCGCAUUUCUAAUGGGAGCCCUACCCUGGAGCGCAUGGAGGCCAGGCAGUCGGAGUACCCGAAGCCGUCAGCGUGCCGGAACCUCUUCGGGCCGGUGAACCACGAAGAGCUCAACAGGGAAUUUAAGAAACACCUGCAGGAGAUGGAGGAGAUGUACCAGAGGAAGUGGAAUUUCGAUUUCCAGAAUCACAGGCCGCUGGAAGGCAGGUACGAGUGGCAAGCCGUGGAGAAGGGGAGCUCGCCCGACUUCUACUUCAGACCCCCCCGGCUACGGAAAGCCGUCUGCAAGUCCGCCGGCCGCCAGAGCUUGGAUGUAAACGGGAAUUGCCAAACCGUGGUUUUUGUCGGUUCUCAGGGAAUCUCAGAGGACACUCACUGUGUAGCUCAAAAGACUGAUGUUUCAGAAAAUCAGACGGACUUAGCAGAGCAGUGCACUGCCCAGAGGAAAAGACCCGCAGCCGAUGGUAACGUACCCCACGGCUCUGCCCCGCGUCCCACUCGUGUCAGCGCCGGCGCUCCAGCCCUUCCGCCCCUGCCACGCGUGGCACCGGCUCGGUGUGCCCACCACCCCCGCCCCUUUCCCUCUAAAAAAGCCCGGGUAGUGUUGGCAGUCCCGGGGGUCCCGCCUAGAGUGGGAGCCGGUAGAUGAUUUGCAAGGACGAGCCCU